AUGAAGAUCAACACCGAACUUGGAGGCGUCAAUUCGCUACCAAGGUCAGGUGCUUUGGAGAAGCUCAUGAGCGCUCCAUUCAUUGUUAUAGGGCCAGGUGCCGAUGUGGGAUAUCCUGCACCUGGCACAGUCAACCAGCCCUCUGUGACUUCUCUCGUCUAUUUGUUUGAUCAGUAUUAUGCUGCACACUGGCAGUCCAGGUAUGAGGCAAUGAUAUCAGUCCAGCACCACAUCAAGAGAAAAAUCGAUGAGUUGCACUUGCUGGUUUAUCUAUCACAAGCAAUCAACAAAUUUGACGAGCGUAACAGGGUCACACCUAUGGGAAUACAGAAUCAUGGGAAAGAGGAAAUCAAGGACAUCACAGGGGCGAUUGAUGACAUCUGGUGCAACAAAAGUUCAAAAUCAGAGUUAACAUUCAUAGUUGUAGGUAAACGGCACCAUGUCCGAUUCUUCCUGAAGAACAGGAACGAAGCGGACAAGUCUAGGAACUGCCCUGCAGGAUUCAUCGCUGACCAGGGAGUGGACAAUCCCGCAGUUGGGAUGGCCUCACACCCUGUUCUGGGUGACAAGGGUGGCAUUAACUGA